AUGAACAAAGGUGGGCAUAGUAGAGAGGUCAUCAAGUCUUGUGUCCAUGGGAAGCAAUUGACAAUCACUCAAGAUACAUUGGUGGCUUAUUUUGGGUGCAAUAGUGAAGGUCCAAGCAUUGACUUGAAAAAGGAGUUUCACUCACCUGAUGACGAUUGGGAUCCUGUUUUAGUCAUGGGGAAGAAUGGCAAGAACCAAACUAAAGUGAUGCAUUUUGUUGAUGCCAGCCUUCUUGAAAAGGUUCCCAACAAAUCAACACAGGCAAAAAAUGAGCUAAGGCAGCUUUUAGAGAAUUCCCAAAGCCAAUUUCCUCUCCUCUGCUCCCUAUCUCUGCCGUCCAGUCGCCCCAUCGAAGAGGAUGAGUUCAGAUUCUCUAGAAAUUAUUUCUUAGCAAAAGAAUUAGGCAAUUCCGGUAAGGAAUCUGGCCACAAGCUCGCAGAUAUCGAUGUCGUCGAUGAACAGGAUCUAAGGGAAGCCCUGGCCAAUAUUGAGCAAAAACAUGAGAAAGAAAUUGGUGAAUUAAUCAAAAGUUACAAGAGCUUGUGUGGAUUUGGGCUUGAAGAUUUUGCUUCGACUGCAAAAACUGAGUAUUCUGUUGUUGUACUCAAUAGUUAUCUUCAGUCCAUAAAUCUCAAGCAGUGGUCAACUUUAGUGUUUUCUGAUCUGUAUUUAGAAUGUAUCACUGCUUGCAGUGUUUUCAAUCACUUGCUUGACGAUAGCCCAUUGCCUGCUAACGAGACUUCUUCAUCAGUGCUUGUUGCAACCUUUUCCAGUACACAUUCACUAAAUGGAAAAGGAUCUACAGGAGGUGGAAAACUGAGUGGAAAUGGUGAAGUAGAGAAGGGGCUGCUGACGCUAAUUUCCUCAGAUGCUCCUGGACUUCAGGCAUUUCGAGCAAUGAGAGCUCGUGGAGCCAGAGUAAUAGACAUUGCUGUUAUUGUAGUUGCUACUGAUGUUGGAAUUCGACCUCAAAUAGAAGAGGCCAUUGCUCAUGCCAAAGCAGCUGGAAUGCGAAUUGUUAUUGCUAUAAACAAAGUGCGCUUGCAUUUAUUCUGA